UAGAACUUCUUUACCAAUCACUUUUCUCAAAUCCAUUCACACACAAUAAACUAAAACACUUCCUAUCUUUCCCAACUCUAAAAACAAAGAAAAAUGGAGAUUGAAUCAGUCAAGUGUGAGUGUUGUGGACUCAAAGAAGAUUGUACACAAGACUAUAUAAAUGAAGUCAAGGCCAAGUUUGAUAACAAAUGGCUAUGUGGGUUGUGCUCAGAAGCAGUAAGUGAUGAAGUUAGCCGAGGCAAAAAGUCAUUUGAUAUGGAAGAAGCUGUGAAGGCUCACAUGUCAUUUUGUCGUAAAUUCAAAUCAAACCCUGCAGUUCGAGUAGCCGAUGGGAUGAGGCAGAUGCUAAGAAGAAGGUCAGGUGAUUUAUCAUCAUCAUCACCAUCACCAUCUUCUUCUAAUAAGAAGUAUUCAAAAUCAGCAAGCACUUCACAAGUGAGCGAUGCAUCAACUUUCUCAUUGUACUAAUUGGAAAAGAAAAGAAGUAAUUAAGGGAGGCCUAUCCUAUGGUUGGAAUAAUAAAGUUUCAACUUGUCUUGUACAGGGGAUAUGUUUC